AUGUCUAGAAGAAUCAUGUGGGCAGCUAUUGAGCAAACAUGUCUGGAGAACAAUCACACGAUUGGUCCCUUCGCAAGAGCAUCUGGAUACGGAUACAUAAAUAAUAAUGCUUAGAUAGUUGUAUUGUGUAAAAAGAGGAAUGGGGGAUUAGAACAGGGAAGUCUGGUCGUAGCUUUUGUGCAUAGUCAAGGGAAAAUGUCACAACUCAAUCUCAACUUAGUAAAUGCAAGAUAAAUGAACUGUAUCAUUGCUUCAUUAAUCAUCCGAAUAUAACAAUAAAGACAUAUAUAUCAAAUAGGUAAAUGUGGGGGAACAACAUUUAAAUUCUGACAGUUGUGUUGUUAUAUUACGUGUUAAUUCAAUCAGGAAAUAAAAUCACGCAAGAAUGUGACGUCACGGCAUAGACACUCUUGAGGAGUGGCGCUCACAGCGAAUAACGGACACUGUCCAUUUACAUCCAAUCGUUUAAUUCAUCUCUCAAUCACGAUUGAUCUGCUGAAGAGAGCUUCAAUAUAAAGAUUGUUUAUUCUCUAUAAAUCAUCGCCGGUGUAUUUGAUUGAAAUCGCUGCACAUCUGUGAAAAUCUCCGAUUAAAGCAACACAAGCUAUGGGAGGCAAUUCCAAUGACGACCAGGCAGUUUUAGAGUCCACCGACUCUACAGCCUGGUUUCGCAGCUACUUGCAUGGAGGAACCUCCAGCCUCAUUUCCACCUUGACCACCAUCAUCACGUUCCCUUUGUACAAGACUGUGUUUCGUCAACAGCUGCACAGCACUUUAGUACGUGAAGCCGUGGUCCAGUUAUUUAAAGAGGGUCCGCUGAAACUGUACCGUGGUGUAGCUCCACCCCUCCUGAUGAGAUCUCUCAAUGGCACGCUCCUGUUUGGCCUCCAGGACACUUUCCUACAGAAGCUCUCCUUUUGGGCCGAGCCUCCUCUUCCUCGAAAUCUCCUGCCGUCUAUUGCUGGUUUAGGUGCGGGUGUGGUGGAAGCCGUUGUCUUUACUCCUUGUGAACGUGUGCAAAACCUCCUGCAGAAUAGCAGGAAUGACAGCAGCCUUCCUACUAUAAGAAGUGUAUUGCUCAAGUUAAGUUCGAGACCAUUAGCAUCAGGGUACUACACGGCAUUCCUACCUAUACUUGUCCGUAAUGCCUUAGGAAACAGUCUCUAUUUUGGCCUAAAGGACCCAAUGUCUAAAGCACUCAGGGAUUAUGGCUUUUCUCCUGUAGCGUCAUCCUUUAUAUCAGGAGUGUUAAAUUCAAUGAUGAUUAGUCUACCACUGUAUCCUCUUUCUGUGCUGGUGGCGAACAUGCAAGCUCAAGUAGAAGCAGACAGAGGAGUAAAACGCAGUUGGCAGCGGCUUUGGGCAGCCCGUAACCGUAGCCUGGUUCUUCUCUAUCGCGGAGGUGGCUUGGUCAUCUUUCGCUCCUGCAUUACCUGGGGCAUCACUACUGCCAUAUAUGACCAGUUGAAAAGACACUCAAGAUGAUAAACCGUAGUGAUGCAGUCAGCGAGAAAUCAGUGAUUUCCUUAAUAACCAAAAUCUCAGGUUUAUAUUAACAUUGUUUUGCACAAACCUAAGAGACCAAACAUUGAAGUUUUGCAAUGAUGUAGGCCUAUUGUCACAAUCUGCUAAAAUAUUUAUUAAUGUUACGCACGCAAUAUAGUAAACAUGAUGUACAUACGUUUUUUAUUUAAAGAAUGAAAGAAUUCUGACCUUGCAUAGUGUUGAACUGAAAUGCGAAAUAAACCAUUUAAGUAUUACAGGAAA